UUAAGUCAACAUGUUUCAUGUGUACGUGCAGCGAAUAGACGGUGUUACACGGCCGCAAACAUCACCCUGUGUGUCGAAGUGAAGCGGCUGUCCUACCACGCAGCCGUCCCCACAGGACGAUCAGGAGAAGCUGCUGGAUGAGGCCAUCCAGGCCGUGAAGGUCCAGAGCUUCCAGAUGAAGAGAUGCCUGGAUAAGAGCAAGCUGAUGGAUGCUCUGAAACACGCCUCCAACAUGCUUGGGGAGCUAAGAACGUCCAUGCUGUCCCCCAAGAGUUACUAUGAACUUUACAUGGCCAUCUCUGAUGAGUUGCAUUACCUGGAGAUUUACCUAACAGAUGAGUUUGCCAAGGGCAGGAAGGUGGCCGACCUGUAUGAGUUGGUCCAGUACGCAGGGAACAUCAUCCCUAGACUCUAUUUACUCAUCACAGUGGGCGUGGUGUACGUGAGGUCGUUCCCCCAGUCGCGGAAGGACAUCUUGAAGGAUCUGGUGGAGAUGUGCCGUGGCGUGCAGCAUCCUCUCCGGGGACUCUUCUUGAGGAACUAUCUGCUGCAGUGCACCCGAAACAUCCUGCCUGAUGAUGGGGAGGUGACCGACAGAGCCUUCAUGGAUGACUUGGCAGUGAAUGCAACAGGGCUCGACCUUAACGGUUGUCCGACUGUGCAGGACAGGCAGGAGAUGACGGGUGACAUCAGCGACUCCAUGGACUUUGUGCUGCUGAACUUUGCAGAGAUGAACAAACUGUGGGUCCGCAUGCAGCACCAGGGCCACAGCCGUGACCGCGAAAAGCGCGAGAAGGAGAGGCAGGAGCUGCGCAUUCUGGUGGGGACUAACCUGGUGCGGCUCAGCCAGCUGGAAGGUGUCAACGUGGAUAAGUACAAACAGAUUGUGUUACCUGGAAUUCUGGAGCAGGUGGUGAACUGCAGGGAUUCCCUCGCACAGGAGUACCUCAUGGAGUGUAUCAUACAGGUUUUUCCCGACGAGUUCCACCUCCAGACCCUGCACCCAUUCUUGCGGGCCUGUGCUGAACUGCACCAGCAAGUUAAUGUCAAGAACAUCAUCAUCGCUCUCAUCGACAGAUUGGCUUUAUUUGCUCACAGAGAGGAUGGUCCUGGUAUCCCAGCGGAUAUUAAAUUAUUUGACAUAUUUUCACAGCAAGUCGCUACAGUUAUACAGUCUCGACAGGAUAUGCCUUCCGAGGACGUGGUAUCCCUGGAAGUGUCCCUUAUCAACCUGGCAAUGAAGUGCUACCCUGAGCGGGUGGACUAUGUGGACAAAGUGCUAGAGAGCACACUGGAGAUCUUCAACAAGAUGAACCUGGAACAUAUUGCUACCAGCAGUGCGGUGUCAAAGGAGCUGAUGAGGCUGCUUAAGAUCCCUGUGGACAUCUACAACAACAUACUGACUGUACUGCAGCUCAAACACUUCCACCCGCUCUUUGAGUAUUUCGACUACCCGUCGCGCAAGAGCACGAGCUGCUAUGUGCUCAGCAAUGCCUUGGACUACAGCACAGAGAUCAAAGCACAGGAACAGGUAGAUGCCAUUCUAAACCUUGUGUCAACGCUGGUUCAGGAUCAGCCUGACCAGCCUUCAGAGGAACCAGAUCCCGAGGACUUUGCUGAGGAGCAGAAUCUGGUGGGCCGGUUUAUUCACCUCCUCAGGUCUGAGGACCCAGACCAGCAAUACUUGAUUUUAAAUACCGCCAGGAAACAUUUUGGAGCAGGUGGAAACAAGAGGAUUCGAUAUACGCUGCCACCGCUGGUGUUUGCUGCUUAUCAGCUUGCAUUCCGUUACAAAGAGAACUCCACUGUGGAUGACAAGUGGGAAAAGAAGUCUCAGAAGAUUUUCUCCUUUGCCUAUCAGACGAUCAGUGCUCUGAUCAAGGCGGAACUGGCAGAGCUGCCCCUGCGACUCUUCCUGCAGGGAGCACUGGCGGCUGGGGAAAUAGGUUUUGAGAACCACGAGACUGUUGCCUAUGAGUUUAUGUCACAGGCCUUCUCUCUGUACGAGGACGAGAUCAGUGACUCCAAGGCCCAACUGGCUGCCAUCACGCUCAUCAUCGGCACCUUUGAGCGAACCAGGUGCUUUGGCGAGGAGAACCACGAGCCCCUGAGGACGCAGUGUGCGCUGGCUGCCUCCAAGCUGCUCAAGAAGCCGGACCAGUGCCGGGCCGUCAGCACUUGCGCCCACCUCUUCUGGUCCGGCUGCCGCAGCGACAAGAGUGAAGAGGAGAUUCGUGAUGAGAAGAGAGUCAUGGAGUGCCUAAAGAAAGCGCUGAAAAUCGCCAACCAGUGCAUGGACUCCUCAUUGCAAGUGCAGCUCUUCAUCGAGAUCCUCAACAGAUACAUCUAUUUCCACGAAAAGCAAAACCAAGCGGUGACUGUGCAGGUUCUGAACCAGCUGGUGCAGAAGGUGCAGGAAGACCUGCCCAACCUGGAGGCAAGCGACGAGACGGAGCAGAUAAAGAAACACUUCCACAACACAUUGGAGCACCUGCGGCUUUGCAGGGAGUCGCCCGAGGCCGACGGCGUUGCUUACGAGGGGCUCGUGUUGUAGGACGCGUCCUUCCUUCUCCCUGCCCACCACACACUUCCGUGCUACUCACCUCCAUCCGUAGUGUUGACUCUUUGAUUUACCGUCCCAGCGUGAGGUUUCCAUUUCUAUGGCAGAGCCGUGCAAAGGUGCUGAGAACAAUGCAGUGCGUACAUUUUUGUGACCCUGUUUUUCACCUUUCUUGCCCUGGUUUUAUUGUCCCGAUAUGCAACGGCUGCACCGAUGACGUUUUCUGGGGACAGACAGUUAGAUUCAUUUUUAUAGCACUAAUUUGAGUUGAGAUUUUCAGUUAAUUUACAAGGAAAAAUUUGAAAUUCCUAUUUUGUUUUUUAAAUUUUGUGUAGGUUAACUGAGAAACCCAAAUUAAUAUUAGUACUACAAAAAUGUUCUGAUUUUGUGAUGAGACCUGACUCCAUUUAUCAGUGCAUAACAGGGAGAAACCAGGCAGAGGUGUCAUUUUUGUAGAGGAUAUAGACCUAAGUCUGUGGUGUACAUGCAAAAAUGUUCAACAUAUACUGUAGGAAACGAAAACAACAGGUAAACUUUCAUACCUUUCACAGGUGGCUUUGUUUUUGUUUUUUUUUUUUUAUUUUUAAUAUUUUGAUCAUACAAACUAACUGAAAAUCUAAAAUCAUUUUAUUACUAUGAAAUGGCUAUUAACAAUGUUGCUUGAAAUUAUAAACCGAUAAUAUAUAAUCGUUAUAAAUCAUUUACAUCAUCAUGUACCCUAACCUGCACAUGUAUAUAUUUUGCAUAAUUUGUUUUUCUCAUGCGUUCUUUCUUAUACCAUCAGUUUGUACCCUGCAGCUGCUUUUCAAAUUUCCUAAUUUUAUACAUACAGAGCAGCUUCAGAGCAGCAUCUUUCAUGGUGCUGGGUUGUCAGUGAGCAGUUUAAAUACUCAAGGACAGAGCUACUGACAGAAACAGCAACCAUUCACACCUGAUUUCCCACUUUUCCCUUUUCUUCUUCUUCUUCUUCUUCUUCAAAGACAACAUGUUUUAAAUGUAAGAUGUUUAACAAGGGCGACUGCUGUUCUCUCCUCUGCACAUCCAAGUGCCAUAAGUUGAUGAAGGGUCCUUGAUAGCAGCAGAAAACCUGUAGCCAAAGCGCUGUGGCCAUUGGUUGCUUGGAAACGGGGCUCCGACUGCUGCUUGCAUUGUUUUCAUUGGUGGUCUUGAAUAACAAUAUUGAACUGAAUAACAGUUUAGUUAGGAAAAAAACAUUAAUGAAAACAGAACACUUCUUGUGACAUAAUAAAUUUUACAUACUUGUGGUUUUCAUAUCUGUAUUCCUUGUGCAGUGCCAGCUGAGGAUGUCACUGUGUGUGUGUGUGUGUGUGUGUGUGUGUGUGUGUGUUUGUGUGAAGAAAACCAAAACACAAAAUUUGACACAUCUGCACACAAUGUGCCAGGUAGUGUUGCACCUUCGCCUUGUCAGCAACAGAAUAGAUGUUAUGGAGGAGAGAUAUGCUUAGCAUCGAUUUUCUUUUCUUUAUACCUUUCACGGCCUCCACGGACGGCUGGGUUUAUAGAUUCUGGUGUGGGGAUCGCCGAGGACAAGCCCUCUGUGUGAGGGUUAAUCUCUCAAAGACACUGAGAAGUGAUGGCAGUAUCCCUGAAAACAGUACUUGUCACAUCCGCUCCUGGAUUUGACUGCUUACAGUUAGUCUUACUGUAAUGGCAUCGAAGGUCUUCAAAUGCUGCCGUUUGUGAAGUAUCCAUCAUCACGUAAUAUUUAGAGCUCCAGGGUAAAAAAAAAAAAA